AGUCGACACGAGGCAAUCCCAGCACUGCGAACAACAAGCUUCCACUAGAAAGACUUCAAGAACCACACUAACACGCUUAGCCUAAUUCUAAGGCUCCAAACAGUAUUACCAACGUAGGAUUAGAGUUACUCUUCAAGCAAGACAGAUAAGCUUACCUGCCAGAGUAAGCUACGGAUGUCCCGGAACGCCAUCGUAAGCGAAACCUAUCAAAUUGCCUUCCGUGCAUUUAAAGUUUGGUAAGAUUAUUAGGCCGAGAUAUUCCGGUAAACGAUGCGCAGCCUGUACUUGUAUACUUCUCUUACUGCACGACUCAAAACCAGCAUAGAUUCACUAUGCGCCCGCAGCGGAUUAGUGAUUCUGCGUAUUACUACUUUACUCGUAAACGUUCCCAUACUAGCGCAAAGCUUCUUUUGGCUCUUAGAAUCUUGCUUCCACUGCGUUUGCUACCUCUAUCGCGACAUCAGUGGUUACAGGGUUUUUCCGCAUCACAGCGUAAGAAGGAAAACAGCAAUUACGAUCGUCAGAGAGGUAAAGAACAGCGGCCUGCAGAGCAGUGAGCAGUUCAUCCAAGGACUUCUCAGGUUUUGGGAGCUAGCUGUCACAAGCCUUAGAUCGCACCAGGAUCGGCAAGAUUGUGCAAGUAUAUUAUUAAACAUAGUCCGUGUUGCCUGUUUCCAUUCGCGCAAAGACUUGUACCCGGUAGAACAAACUAUCAAAAUUACCAAGAGUAAGAUGUCAGCACGGAAAGCGCUAUUACUCCGUAUAAUCCCGAACAAGGCGAAACGACAAGGACAUGAUGCUUUGCACAAGUGAGAAGCCGGCUCUGUUCAGCGAUGCUCUACCGAGGCCUCGUUUCCUGCAUAAUCAUGGCAUCGAAGUAAACUCUGACCAUCCUGAGACAUCUUGGCGACGAUAUAAAGUCUGCUCUCCGGCUGUGCUGGAAUACUUAACCAUCCUUCACAAUCACAAAUACUUCGAUCCACCAACAAACAACAUGAAUCUUCUGGUCCUUUUUGCUAUGUU